GCCGAAGAUGUCGGCUCGGUCAUGUGAUCAGCUGUGUCCAAUCACAGCUGAUCACAUCUCGAGAGGAGAGCUGAACCUGUCAGUGCUCAUCAGUGCCACAUCAAUGCCGCAUAUCAGUGCCCAUCUGAGCUGCCUUUCAAUGUCACCCAUCAGUGCCACCUAUCAAUGCCAAUCAGUGCCGCCAGUCAGUGCCAUAUAUCUGUGUCAUGUAUCAGUGCUGCCUUUCAGUGCCCAUCAGUGAUGCCUGUCAAUGCCCAUCAGUGCAACCUAUCAGUGCCACCU